AUGUUGCCCAGCGGCUCGAAUUCAAAUGAUGUGGUGACACAUACACACACCAAUCGAACAGACCAAGUCAUUCUAGCAACGGCCAUCGUUGAGGUCAUGGAUGCAUCUGGAAACUACAGGAUCGGUCGUGCUCUAUUGGAUUCUUGCUCACAGGUGAACUUCAUCUCAGAACAGUUCGCACAAGCACUACGCUUGCCAAAGGUCAAACGGCACAUGCGAAUCUGCAGCGUUGGUGAGUCACACACAUACAUCAAGUUUGGCACUUCGGCCACAAUCAAAUCACGCUUGGAGGAUUUCAAGAUGCCCAUUGAUUUCUGCGUAACGUCACACAUUGCCUAUCAGCCGGAAUCGGACAUCGACACUUCAUCAUGGAACAUACCGAAGAACACACCUUUAGCUGAUGAGAAGUUUCACAAAACUCGUCAUAUCGAUUUACUUAUUGGCGCCGAAACAUUUUUUGAAAUUCUUGCAGUGGGACAAAUCAAAUUGGGUCCCAACCUUCCUAUGCUUCAGAAAACGUUACUUGGAUGGAUUGUGUCUGGACGCUAUAAUGGAGGACAGCAACAGACACACUGCUACUCGCUCUCACAGGAGGAGUCAAUAAACAACAAUUUGGAACGACUCUGGCGUAUCGAAGAUUUGAGUAAACCAAUCGACAAGUUCACACCUGAGCAACUGCAGUGCGAACAAAUGUUUACUCGCUCUGUACGCCAACAAGCAGAUGGUAGAAUUAUUGUUCGGCUACCAUUCAAGGAUGAUCCACGACAUCUAGGAUCUUCAUACGAGUCUGCUAAGCUGAGAUUCGAGUCACUGGAACGGCGCUUAAAUCGCAAUCCCGAGUUAAAGGCAGCAUACAUAGCAUUUCUGCGCGAAUAUGAAGAUUUAAAUCAUAUGAGUUUGGUACACUCACCAAGGCUUGACGAGCCACAUAAUUACAUACCACAUCACUGCGUCUUCAAGCCAAAUAGCACUUCAACGAAGCUCAGAGUUGUCUUCGAUGCCUCAAAUCGAACUUCAUCGCAACAAUCACUCAAUGAUUUGCUAAUGGUUGGACCGACUAUUCAGACUGAUCUAUAUACGCUUCUGCUACGCUUUCGAACGUACAAAUAUGCACUGACUGCAGAUGUUGUGAAAAUGUUCAGGCAAGUAUUGGUGGACUAUCGUGACCGCAAGUUCCAAUCCAUUCUUUGGAGAGAUUCAACAGACAAACCACUACGGACAUAUUCACUAAACACAGUCACUUAUGGUACGGCCUCAGCACCAUAUCUCGCCAUACGCAGUAUGAAAUAUUUGGCUGAUCUACAUAUGCAAACUCACAAAUUGGGAUCACAAGCUAUAAAUUCAUCAUUCUACGUGGAUGACUUUCUUUGUGGGCAUGACACAGCAGAAGGCCUGCAACAACUCAAGGCAGAGGUCAUCGAAGUACUUGGCAAGGGCAAAUUUGAAUUAGCAAAAUGGCAUUCGAAUCAUCCGGACUUUGUCGACGACAGCACGAUCAAAGAUUUGAAUUUAGAAGAUGGCUCAGUUACUAGCACAUUAGGCUUAGCAUGGAACCAACGUCUGGAUGUGUUGCUAUUUGCCUUUCGACCCAAAUGCUCCGUUGAUGCAAUCACCAAGAGGACAAUUUUAUCUGUGGCAUCUUCACUUUUUGAUCCAUUGGGAUUGGUAGCGCCAAUCAUUGUGACAGCAAAGAUCAUUCUACAGGAACUGUGGAUAGUCAAAUUACAAUGGGAUGAGUCUGUGCCGCAAAACCUUUAUUUAGCUUGGAAAUCGUUUGCUGCAUCACUUACUUCACUGGAGUCGCUGAAAAUACCUCGAUUCUGUAUGCAGCCGAACACCAAGGAGUUGCAGUUGCAUGGGUUCUGUGACGCUUCCAUACGUGCAUAUGGAUGCUGCAUUUACGCACGCACAGUUGCAGCGGACGGCGAGGUUCAAGUUCACCUGAUCACGUCAAAGUGCAGAGUAGCACCAACUCGUAAGUUAUCGCUACCAAAACUGGAACUCGCUGCUUCUCACCUACUGGCCCAACUCUACGUGAAAAUCAAGGGGAUUUUCACAUCGAAACAAACCUAUCUGUGGAGCGACUCGUCGAUAGUUCUUCAUUGGAUACAGCAACAUUCGUCGACACUAUCAACCUUUGUUGGAAACCGCGUUUCUGACAUACAAGAAGCUACGCCGGACUGUCAAUGGAGACAUGUCCCAACUAAAUUGAAUCCCGCCGAUCUGGUCUCGAGGGGGUGUACACCCAUCGAAUUAAACGAAUCAAUCUGGUUUAUGGGGCCGGCGUAUCUAAAGCAGAGCUCAAACACUUGGCCAAGAGACAAACAUCAUGAACCAGAUCCUGAGAUUGUAGCACUUGAGAUGCGCAAGUCAGCUUUCAAGGCUACGACGGAUAUCAAUUAUCUACUCGACACACUCAGAAACAUAAGUUCGCAUCGUCGUUGUUUGCGAAUUGUUGCUUGGAUGCUGCGCUUUAUACACGCGCUUCGGAAACCCGUUGAGCUGUCUACGCCCUCGCUAUCACCUCAAGAGCUACAGCGUGCAUUUAAUUGCAUUAUUUGGAAUCUGCAGCAGCAACACUUCGCAGAUGAAAUUCACGCUUUGAACAAAAAUAGGCAAAUAUCAAGUCAUAUAAAAUUUCUAAAUCCAUUUUUACAGAUUACAGACGGAUAUCAACUAUUGAAGGUUGGCGGCCGUCUCGAAUUGGCAAAUGCACCGGAGGUUCAGAAACAUCCAAUCAUACUUCCCAGCAAAGAUGAUUUUGUUCGUCACUACGUGCAGUUUCUUCAUGUGCAACACUAUCAUGCUGGCUCAAAGGCACUUGUCGCACUAAUUCGUCUGCAAUUCUGGAUCGUAAAUGCUCGAGACCUGGCUCGCUCUAUUGUCAGAAGGUGCGUGCACUGUGUGCGCUACAAGCCAAAGUUGCAACAGCAACUCAUGGGAAAUCUGCCUGUAGAGCGAUUGACGCCAUCGAGACCUUUCGCUCACUGUGGAGUUGACUUUUGUGGACCAGUCAACGUCUAUCUCCGCAUUCAGGGCAAGGCUCCUCGCAAGGCCUACAUUGCCAUAUUUGUAUGCUUCGCCACCAAGGCUGUGCAUAUCGAAGUGGUAUCUGACCUUUCAACGGAUGCUUUCUUAGCCGCGUUGAGGCGCAUGAUUGCACGACGAGGAUUGCCUGUGGAUAUAUUUUGCGACAAUGCCACGAAUUUCACUGGAGCAAGCAAUCAAUUAAAGGAACUGCGAACCUACUUCUUCAAGCAAGAAAAUCAACAGUCAAUUAUUAGUUUUUGCACAAAUGAAUUCAUAAACUUUCGUUUCAUCCCACCCAGAGCACCACACUUUGGUGGCCUCUGGGAAGCCGCAGUUAAAAGCGCCAAGGGGCUUAUGACGCGCAGCCUUAUGAACGCCCGCUGCACGUUUGAGGAAUUGGCCACAAUCACAGCAGAAGUAGAAGCCAUCCUCAACUCACGCCCACUCACACCACUAUCAUCAGAUCCAAGCGACUUGGGUGCUCUGACACCUGGUCACUUUCUAGUUGGAGACUCCCUGCGAGCAUUGCCUACACACAAUAUAGAAGAUGAACAGUUGAAAUCUUUGGAUCGCUGGCGUUUGAUAACUGGUAUCAAACAAUAUUUUUGGCGACGCUGGUUGACAGACUACUUCAACGAGCUGAACGUGCGCCACAAGUGGACCAAACCAUCACCCAGUAUCUCUAUCGGGGACAUGGUUCUCAUACAUGAAGACAACGUACCUUCUCAGAAGUGGAUAAUGGGUCGCAUUACAGCUACAAUUCCUGGACGAGAUCAACGAGUACGAGUGGUAGAUGUCCGCACUACCAAAGGCAUAAUCCGGAGACCAGUUCACAAAAUAGCGAUUCUUCCUGUCUCUUGA